GUUAGCCAUGUAGCAUACCCCAUUACUGUCAACAGUGUGUCUCAUCGUGAAUGUUGAAGAACAAUCUAAAGCAAAAUCAUGCUAACUGUUAACUUCUGUCACAAAUUUCAAGCGUACAGCUCGAGGAGAAAGUUCAGCGUUUAGCAGAGACAGAUUAUGAGAUCUGAAGGUGUAAAGGUCCAGUUAUAUUAACUUCCUUGAGAUGGCAGGACAUUCCAUCUCCUAUGACAGCCAUUCAGAUUGGGAUCAACGGACAACAUGUCCAUCUAGGAGACUCUGCAGACACUUAAGUGGUCAGCCGCGUGGAGCUCAGCUGGAAGGUGAGCUGGUGAAAAUGAGCCUGCAUGGAGCCAGCGGAGGAGGACCCCUGGACCACCCCAGGGAGAGACGGCGCUCUGGGGAUCGCUCCAGGGAUUCUUCACACGACAGAGGCGAAGGACAGCUGACCCCCUGCAUCAGGAACGUCACCUCGCCCAUACGCCAGCACCUCAGCGGCUGCUCGUCGCGCUCCACGAGUCCCAGGCCUCCGAAAGCAUGCACCUCCACCUCCAGCCUGUUCUAUGGCGGCCCACAAAGUAAAACCCACAGCUCCGACAUGAUCUACAUGUGUGAAAAUGUUAAGGAGGGCCCUCGCAGUCUGAGGACUACCGAAAGAGUCACUCUGAUUGUAGACCACACACGUUUUGUGGUCGACCCAUCUAUCUUCACUGCCCAACCCAACACCAUGCUCGGCAGGAUGUUCGGAUCUGGACGGGAACACAACUUCACGCGUCCUAAUGAAAAGGGAGAGUAUGAGGUUGCUGAGGGAAUCAGCUCCACCGUGUUCAGAGCCAUUUUGGAUUACUACAAAUCGGGGAUAAUCCGUUGCCCUGAUGGGAUAUCCAUCCCGGAGCUGAGAGAGGCAUGUGACUACCUUUGCAUCGCCUUCGACUGCAGCACCAUCAAGUGCAGAGACCUCAGUGCACUCAUGCAUGAGCUGUCUAAUGAUGGCGCCCGGCGGCAGUUCGAGUGCUAUCUGGAGGAGAUGGUGCUGCCCCUGAUGGUGGCCAGUGCUCAGAGCGGAGAGAGGGAGUGUCAUGUGGUGGUGCUGACUGACGACGAUGUGGUGGACUGGGAUGAGGAGUAUCCACCGCAGAUGGGAGAGGAAUACUCACAGAUCAUAUACAGCACAAAACUAUACCGCUUCUUCAAAUACAUUGAAAACCGAGACGUGGCCAAGUCGGUUCUGAAGGAGAGAGGACUGAAGAAAAUUCGAUUAGGCAUUGAAGGUUACCCAACCUACAAAGAGAAAGUAAAGAAGCGACCUGGUGGACGUCCUGAGGUCAUUUACAACUAUGUCCAGCGGCCCUUCAUCCGUAUGUCAUGGGAGAAAGAGGAAGGCAAAAGCCGACACGUGGAUUUCCAGUGCGUGAAAAGCAAGUCCAUCACCAACCUGGCCGCAGCUGCCGCGGACAUCCCUCAGGACCAGCUGGUGGAGAUGCACCCCGGGCCUCAGGUGGACGAACUAGACAUCCUCCCCAGCCCCCCCCAGCCCAGCCACCAGUAUGAUCCUGAUCCCGAUGCCUCAUCCCCAGCCAUUUGACUCAAACACACACACACACACACACACACACACACACACGUCACCACUGGAGCACUGCAGAGAGAGGCCAGCCAAGUCCUGCUGCCAAGACCACAUUGCCUUUCAAGUCCUCUCCUGCCUUAAGAGUGUCAAAGACGAUCGCUGAGGCAGCACAUGACCUUUGGACACUUUGCCUUUCUUUCCCACAUGGAACUCAACCAAAGGAGUUUUUUUUUUAUUAGACACUAAAAGUUGAUAAUCACUCCUUUGAUUAGUAUCUGAAGUGACUGUACCAUGUUGUGGUGCUGUUUAACUUAGCAAUAAAAAGGAGCACAACCCACUGGAGCCCUCUGCGAGCGAGUGAUAUCAAGUGAUGAAAUGAGAAUCUCUUCUGGUUUUGACAUGUGGAUGGGGCGUAACGGAGCACCUGUGGAGCUUCACUGUGAUGCAUGGCCUAUGAAUGAGUACUGAAAUGAUGUCACGUUAUUUUACCGUACUUUUCAUUUUGAUGUUAUUUGUAGCUGCAGUGAGGGGCAUCAAGAGAGACAUUCCUCUUGUGUACCACUUGAGAAAUGUUAUUUUAAUAAACACGAUCAAAUCAG